AUUUACUUACGUUUGGUUCACCUUCACCGCCAUUUAGUUUGAAAUAAAUACAUCGAUAGAUAUGUGAAACGAAACCUCAAAUUAAUCAUAACAAGUAAUAACUUGUGAAGUUCUGUCCAGUUUUGUUAAAUUGUGCUUUUCAUUUGUUAAAUUCGUUUGUAAGAUGCUGAAGAUCCCCCUAAAAAUGCUUGGUUUAUCUAACAAGUGGCUUGAAGAAGGUAUCCUGAAUAUAAUUGGUAUUCUCUCCAAUAACUGGAUGAAAACAGGACUACUAGGUUUUUGCUUAAUUUUUGUUAUCAAGUAUAUAACGAAACUUUACGAAGAAAGAAAAGAAGUUGAUGAGUUAAAAAAAGUGAUAACAGAAAACCAUGACGAGCUCAAACAGGAGGUUAACUUGAUGAAAGACAAAAUCUUGAUAGUUGAACGGCUACUAAAAGAAUUCAUUGAUGCUCAGCGUAACACAGGAGGUGUUAGCUUGAAAAUUGCACAAUCGGGUCCUCCACCAGCACCACCGGCACCACCACCUCCACCUCCAUUGCCACAAAUGUUCACUCCUGUUCCUCUACUGAAAAUACAGCUGGACCAACCAACUGGAACAUCGCGGAAGAAAGGUCCGGGUGGUCCACCUCAGUUGAGUUUUUCAAAAGAAGAAAUCACAUCGAUGUUGUCUAAAUUGAAGAAGACCAGGAACAAAAAGCUGGUGGCUCCAGAUGACAGAAGGUUUUCAUCAAAAACUCCACCAAGACGGAAUCUUUUCAGCAGAUGCAACUCAUCAGGGCAUAGAAAGAGUUUAUCUGGUUCAUCCAUUAUCUCCCCCAGUACGAGGGAACUUAAAGCAAGGAGUAAAAGUAAAAGUGAGGUACUUGCUGCAGAUGAUAGUGGUGGUGGUCUAGAAACUUCAGAUCUAAGUCCACGCCCCAACACAUCAUGGGGAGUUCAUGAAAAAUGAUAAGAUUUGGGGUGCAAUUAAUGGAAAUCUGAAGUUGUGUCGGAGAUAUGUUACUGGGGACUCCAAGUAUUACUCGUAACACUACUGUUGUCCACUUUUUACAGUUUCCUUGUGAAUAACAGGAUAAAUAUGUUUUACAUCAAGUUGUUUUAAAGUUGUGACAAAAUAAAAACUACUAUUGAUUUUCUCAUUUAAAUGUUAUAAAAUAAAUAUAGAUGAAAAAAAAUGUAUUUAUUCUGUAAGCUGAGUUCAGUAAGUACAUGGAUUUUAAGUAUA